AUGGGUGUUGAAGACCAGUAUGAUGAAAUGGACUUAAAUGUUAAUGUUGACAACGAAAGACAGCCUCUAAGGGUGACAUACAACAUCAACAGAAAGGUGUACAAUGAAGAAGAAUUCCAAAAAGAUCAUGACCAAAAGUUGUAUUCCCAACCCAGCAAGGAGCCUGAUAGUAGUCCUCCAACUGCUCGAAGAAUUCAAUGCAGAUUCUCAUGUUCACGGUUCAGAAAGUUGAUUGUCAAGAUGUUUCCCAUUCUAAACUGGCUUUGUUCAUAUCGUGUCACAGAAUGGAUACUAGGAGACAUACAUGCAGGCAUAAAUGUGGGAAUGAUUCAGAUUUUUCAAGGACUAUCAGGAAUAUUCUUAACUGGAUUACCACUGCCAUUUAUCAACAGUUUUUACUCUGCAUUUUGCUGUUCUUUAACAUAUGUCAUAUUUGGAACUUCUCGGCAUGUGUCCAUUGGUUCUUUUGGCAUUCUGAAUGCAAUGGUGGCAAACUUUCAAAACACACUUAAUCUCAAUACUAGAUUGCCAAGUAAUGCUACUCUAGCCAACUUCUCUAAUGAAACUAUUAUGAAGAAUUACAUGGAAGCUUUAACAUACACUGCAUCUACAACAUUUUUGGUUGGGGUUAUUCAGUUACUUUUAGGCUUUCUCGGUUUGGGAUUUGUCACAACGUAUGUCUCGGAAAGCCUCAUGAAUGCUUACCUCACGGCAGCUGCAUUGCAUGUUGUGAUCUCCCAGCUCUCCGUCAUCUUUGGAAUUGUAAUUGACUUUCAUUCAGGCCCUUUGGCAUUUUUUUAUAACUUGGUCUAUUACUGCAUGGGCCUUCCAAAAGCCAGUUCCACCAGUAUACUGUUGUUCUUGCUUUCUUUACUAAUGCUGAGGGUCAGUAAAUGCAUUAAGAUAACUUACAAACACUAUCCUGUUGAAUUUCCUAUGGAGUUGCUAGUAAUUAUUAUAUUUACCAUACUUCGUUCCCAAACUCAACUGGAUGCUGAAUCCAGUAAACAAGUAUUUCAAAUGGCACCUGACAGGUUUUUGCAUCCUACUUUCCCUGACCUUUCAAAAUUGAGCAAGAUCAUAUUACAUGCAUCAUCCUUGGCAAUAGUGAGCUAUUUCCUUCUCAUUUUUGUGGGAAAGAAGUAUGCAAAUAUUCACAACUAUCACAUCAGACACACUCAGGAUUUAAUGGCAAUUGGGCUAUGCAAUGUCUUCAGUUCACUUUUUAGAAAUUUUGCUGUCAGCUGUGCUAUGUCUACAACUGUUAUUCAAGAGAAAACAGGUGGAAAAACUCAGCUUGCAGCUCUGAUUGGAAUUUCCUUAAUGCUGGUGGCUGUGCUAAAAUUUGGCUCCCUCUUCCAGUACCCUCCUAAUGCUGUUUCGGCAGCAAUUGUACUAGUCAACAUGUUCCCAUUUCUUGAAAAAUUUAUGGAUGUCCCUUUCCUGUGGAGACAGGAUAAAUAUGAUUUUGGAAUUUGGAUUGUGACCUUUCUGGCCGUAAUCUGUCUGGGACUAGAUAUUGGCUUAGGAAUUGCCAUGGGAUUUGCAUUUUUCAUAAUAAGUGUCAGGUCACACAGAAUGAAGAUGCUGACAUUGGGUCAGAUUCCAAACACCAAUAUUUAUCGCAGUUUUUCUGACUACUGUGAGGCCAUGGAAAUCCAGGGUGUGAAAAUAUUCCAGUGCUGUGCCUCCAUCUCAUCUGCAAAUAUGAAACAUUUCAAAGCCUUCAUUUUACAAAAGAUGGAUAUGAAGGCAGUGCCCCUUGAUGAACAUGAAAUGAGAGCCUUGAUCUCAGUCAGUAUGUCUAGUGUGAAAGGAAAGAACAAGGAUUUGAACUGUGCCUGUGUUUGUGACCCCCCUGAACCAUUACCCAGGGUUCCUUAUACUGAGAAGCUUCUAAGACGAAUUCACACAGCAAAUGAGUCAUUCUCUUCUUCUUCUCUGGCCUGGGUACGUUGGACAAGAAAUGAGAAAAGAUACCCUUCCGAUACAGAAUGUAUUCAUAUCUCAGGUGCCAGAGAAAGGGCAACAGGACAUGACUUUGUAAAGAGGAGAGAAGAGCUAAACAAAUUAUGGCUUUGCUCAGAGCCUCCUUUAACGAGAUCCACAACUCAGUUGUACCCACUUGAUUCAGAACCUGCAACAUAUGUGAUCCACACCAUUAUUUUAGACUUCAGCAUGGUACACUUUGUGGAUUUACAAGCUUCCUAUUUAUUACGGGAGCUUUGUCAUGUAUUUCAGAACAUUGGUAUCACAAUUCUGAUAGCUGCCUGUCAUCGUAAGUACAGCAAUCAUGUUUCUCAUUUUGGCUUCUUAAUUGAUGAAGUAACAUUAACCCUAAAAUUAACUGAUGAUGAUGGAGAUGAACCUCAUGUUGCAGAGUCAGGAUUUGAUUGUGCUGCUGGAGCGGGGGUCGGGUAA